CGCUGCACUGGGAAAAAAAAUUAAUGUAAAAAUAUACUUAUUAGAUGACCAUAACUACUUAGUUUUAUCAGCUCUUUUCAAUAAUUCAUGCAUAUCGUGGGCUACCUAUAGGGGGCACACGCUGCUUCACCCGCUGCAGCAGUAGGUGGCGCUGUGUGGUUCUCUUUGCAGGGUUAGUAAUACCCUUGAUGUUGAAAUACCGGAUUGCAGUGUCACAUGAGAAUAUUGCUCCAUAUAGUGUUUACAAUAUCCAUUCUGACCCACACUGGAAAUAGUUGCAUCAUAGUGGCUUGUUCAUGGUGCGUUUCUGCCUGUCCAUUUUGCAGUGGGGUGAGGCGUGAUCCCCCCCCCCCCCCCCCCCCAGUUCUAAUCUUCUUUUUCUGGAUUGCUGUUUGCUGUUAUUGUUCCUCGCGUGUCAUGUGAUACCUCUGUUAAUAUGAGCAAUUGGAAAGGAAUUUGAUAUCUGAACAGGGCUGUUUCCAGGUCAAACAUGACAUAAAACAGCAGAGUUGCUCUCUCGCUCUCUCUCUCUCUCUCCUCUCCUAGUUUAAUGCAGGGUUGACUUGAGCCACAUGCUGCAUGCCGUCUUGGGUAGAAGCAGGUUCUCUUGGAGCUGCUUCCGAAGGAUUUCUCUGGAUGAAACCAGCUGGAUGUAGACGCCAAGCCGAGUCCCGCGGACGAUCUCCGGACAGACGCCCUCAGCGAGCUGCCCCUCUCCACCAUGCUGUUCCUCUUGCUGCUGCUCCUCCCUGCAGAUUCGCGCUCGCAGACAGACCCCGCACAAUGCCGCUAUGCACUGGGCAUGCAGGACGGCUCAAUAGCAGACGAUGACCUCACCGCGUCCAGCCAAUGGUACGAGUCGACUGGGCCCAAGUACGCCAGGCUGGGCAGGGAUGAAGCAGACGGUGCCUGGUGUCCAGCUGGCCCGCUCCACCCCUCGGAUGAGCAGUUCUUGCAGGUGGACCUGCGCAGCCUGUGCUUUGUGACUCUGGUGGGGACGCAGGGACGGAGUGGGGGGGGAGCAGGGAAGGAGUUCGUCAGGAGAUACCGGCUGGACUACAGCCGCGAUGGAGACCGCUGGAUAUCCUGGAAGAGCCAGACUGGGCAGAAGGUGAUCCAAGGAAACAGAAAUGUCUAUGACGUGGUUCUGAAGGACCUGCGCCCGCCCGUCAUUGCCCGUUACCUGCGCGUCAUCCCUGUCACUGAGCUGACCAGCACUGUGUGCAUGCGCAUCGAGCUCUACGGCUGCAGCUGGCAUGACGGGCUGUUGUCCUACAGCGCCCCCGAAGGUCAGAUCAUGGCAGUGCCUGGGUAUCCCAUCGCCUACCUCAACGACUCCACCUACGACGGCUUCCUGGAGCGCAGGCUACUGUUCGGAGGGCUGGGGCAGCUGACGGACGGGCUCGUGGGGAUGGAUGAUUUCCUCCAGACUCACCAGACCCGGACCUGGCAGGGCUACGACUACGUGGGCUGGAGGAACGACAGCCUGGGCCCAGGCUACGUGGAGAUGGACUUCCUCUUUGACAAGCAGAGGAACUUCAGCUCCAUGAAGGUGCAUUGCAACAACAUGUUCUCCAGGGGUGUGAAGAUCUUCAGGAAGGUGUCGUGCCUCUUCAAGCCGCGGCUGAUCUCCGACUGGGAGCCCGAGCCCGUGGGCAUCACCACCGUGCUGGACGACAAGAACCCCAGCGCCCGCUUCGUCACCGUGCCGCUGGGCAACCGCGUGGGCAAGGAGCUGCGCUGCCAGUUCUCCUUCGCAGACACCUGGAUGAUGUUCAGCGAGAUCUCCUUCCAGUCCAACAUGGAGGUGUUCAAGUCCAGGGUGGUCCCAGUCCACACCCGCCUGCCUUCCACCCUGAGCACCAAGAAUCCUGAGCCAGAGCUUUCCACCACGCUUCAGAGCCAAGAGACCACGCCCCCCUUCAUGGUGAGCUGGCCCGUGGAUCGCCCCGACGACGUCAGCACCUCCAUCCUGAUUGGCUGCUUGGUGACCAUCAUCCUGCUUCUGCUGGUCAUCAUUGUCCUCAUCCUGUGGUGCCAGUACGUGCGCAAGGUGCUUGAGAAGGCCCCUUGCCAGAUUCUGGAUGAGGAGGUGAUGGGGCAGCUCUCUUCCUGCAGUGACACCAUGGUGGUUCACAGCUCCCAGAGCAACCCUACCUACGAGACAGUCUUCCUGCUGGACCCACAGUACCAGGAGCCUGUCCUGCUGCUGCACAAGCUCCCCGAGCUGUCCCAGAGCGCGGAGGACUCCGUUCUCAUCCUUAGCAACCCAGCCUAUGACCUUUUCAUCCCUACUUCCUUUCCUCUGACUGGCUGGCAUACUACGAAGAAUAAACCAAUUAGCAUGAGUGUGUGCAGUGGUGACUAUGCAGAGCCGGACCUCACCCAGUGCACUCCUCACCAGGGUUUCCAGAGCAGCGUGCCGCACUACGCCGAGACGGACAUCGUGAGCCUGCAGGGCGUCACCGGGAGCAACAUGUACGCCGUGCCGGCACUCACCGUCGACUCGCUCACUCGCAAGGACAUCUCCGUCGGGGAGUUCCCACGGCAGCGGUUGCACUUCCGGGAGAAGUUGGGGGAGGGGCAGUUCGGAGAGGUUCACCUGUGUGAGGCGGAGGGGCUGCAGGAGUUCCUGGUGGGGGACGCCCCACUCCCUGACCCCGAUGGACGGCCCGUGCUCGUCGCUGUCAAGAAACUGAGAGCCGACGCCUCCAAAAACGCCAGGAACGACUUCCUGAAGGAGAUCAAGAUCAUGUCUCGGCUCAAGCACCCCAACAUCGUCCGUCUGCUCGGUGUGUGCGUGUGCGCGGACCCUCUCUGCAUGAUCACGGAGUACAUGGAGAACGGAGACCUCAACCAGUUCCUGUCCCAGCGUGAGAAGGAGAGCACGCUGACCCACGCCAACAACAUCCCCUCUGUCAGCCUCCCGAACCUCCUGCACAUGUCGGCUCAGAUCUCAUCGGGGAUGUGUUACCUGGCAUCUCUGAACUUCGUGCACCGCGACCUUGCCACGCGGAACUGCCUGGUCGAUCACCAGCUCACCAUCAAGAUCGCCGACUUCGGCAUGAGCCGCAACCUGUACAGCGGAGACUACUACCGAAUCCAGGGCCGCGCCGUGCUGCCCAUCCGCUGGAUGGCCUGGGAGAGCAUCCUGCUGGGGAAGUUCACCACAGCGAGCGACGUGUGGGCAUUUGGAGUGACGCUGUGGGAGAUCUUCACCCUAUGCAAGGAACAGCCCUACAGCCUGCUGUCCGACGAGCAAGUCAUUGAGAACACUGGGGAGUUCUUCAGGAACCAGGGCCGACAGAUCUUCCUGUCGCCCCCCCCGCUCUGCCCCCCAGCUCUCUUUGAGCUCAUGCUGUGCUGCUGGAGCCGUGACACCAAGGACAGGCCCAGCUUCGAGAGGGUGCAUCGCCAUCUACAGGAGCACAUUGCCUAGCCCUGCCGGGACUCUGCAGGGGCGAGGGAUACUGGAGCCCCCCUAACCCACUACAGAGCACUAGAGGGGUACUGGAACCCCCCCUAACCCACUACAGCGCACCAGAGGGGUACUGGGACCCCCCUAACCCAUUACAGAGCACCAGAGGGGUACUGGGGCCCCCCUAACCCACUACAGAACACCAGAGGGGUACUGGGACCCCCCCUAACCCACUACAGAGCACCAGAGGGGUACUGGAACCCCCCCUAACCCACUACAGCUCAUCCCUCCCUGGGACUGUGCCACUUGCCGCCUUCCUGGACAACAGCGGAUGUGAAAAAUGAUCCCUGUUUUUUUUUUCUGAGAGAGAGAACUGAAGUCAAGGACUGGGGUACCCCAAGCAGUCCCUCCCUCCUCCUCCUCCUCCUCAGAAUUAUUGUUUGAGUUUUCACUGAACCAGCGCUCAAGAUUCUUCCACCAAAAAAAAAAAAAAAAAAAAAAGCUAUGUACUUUGAUUUGUCUGUGAGGUCCUGUGGUUCAUUUUGUAAAGCACUGCUGUUUUCUUUUUUUGGGUGUGUGUGUUUCUUUUUAUUCCUCUCCCACACUGGAGUCAUUUUUAUUUUGUUUUGGAAUUAAUGAUUAUUAUUUUGAUGUAAUCUUAUUAAUAAUAUUAUUUAGUUUUCAUGCAUAUGAAUGUUAUUUUAAAGGGUAAAAGGUCAGGAGUAGGGCUUGCUUGUGUCUUCCCUGACCCCUGGCUGAAGGACACUUUGGAAGCAGAACUACUGUCCUCGCUAUCAUAGGAGCCGUACUGACCAGGGGAAUGUGGAGCCAAAAAAGGACUGAUGUGCAAUGGACCCUGUGGGACUGAAAGUCGACUGCAGGGCUGCCUGUGUGAAAGGAAACCUCAUUCUGAAUGGCCAUGCGGUCCUCUGUAUUCGCCACAUCCUACAAAAUGUCAGAGACUUGUACUUUUUUGUGUUUUUUUUGUGCACUGGAAAGCAAUGCAGAUUGAAAAAUAAAUCCAUACAUUUUAGGCUCAGAACUAAUGACGUCGGCUCGUGGCAGGGAUUUUAAAUAGUUACAAGAUUUUAAAAAAUGCAGAUAUUUUCCCAGACCAAAUGACAAACUUCACGGGCAGAGUUCGACCUCGGCCUGGCGUCGGUGUAGUGGUGGGCAGAAUGCAGGCUGGCGUUUCUGUCCUGCUGUCCGCGUGAUGUUCUGAUUUGCUUGGAGAACGGGACCAGAGCUUUCUUCUGCUUGCCUAAGCUUUAGAAAACAGUUCUGCUUGUUUUUAUUAUUUUUAAAUGUUUUUUGUUGCUAUUCUCAGUAUUGACUGUUUUAGUGCACCGCUCGAUCAGUGAAACAUGGCUUGUGAAGGGGGUGCAUUGAGCCCCGACUGGGGCACGGCUUGCUGACGCUGGGUUUGUAGCAUUGCCCGCUCAAGAUGACGUGAUGAUCAGUUUGCCCCAUUCAAAGUCCACCUCUCACUGUGGAUGGUUUGAGGAGUAGAGGAACUACAUUUCCCAGGAGCCAUUGCUGCAAUAAUCCAGUGGUUUCCUGUUAUCACAAGAUUGGAAAUGACGUGUGGGUGUCUGUAUCCAUGUGGUACUGUGUGUGUGUGUGUGUGUGGGUUUGUGUGUCUAUCUAUAUCCAUGUGGUACAGGGUGGGUGUGUGUGUGUCUCUGUUCAGGAAACCCAGCCUAGGGGCUCACUGAUCGCACUGGAACAGUUAGGAGCACAUGUAGCUACAGGAAGUGAUGUCUGGUCCCUUCCUGCUAAUAUAUUGUUGUGUGAAAGGAUUGUGUUGCUGUCCUGUACACAGUGCAAUCAGAGUGCAUCUGUACAGUAAAAUAUGGGGAUUCAUUCUUGCACCCUGUUAUUGCUUUAGGUUUAACAAAAAAUUAAAAAGACAUUUUAAGACACAGCA